AUGUUUGGAAUUUUUGCGGAUCUUCUCUCAUCGGUUAUUACAAUCCUCUUCCCGGCCUUUGCUUCCUUCAAAGCUAUUCGUUCUGGGAAUCCCGCUCAGCUGACACCAUGGUUAAUGUACUGGGUUGUUUUGUCGGGGAUAUUGCUGGCUGAGUCAUGGACAGUGUUUAUCAUCGGAUGGUUCCCCUUCUACAGCUGGAUCCGUCUCUUCUUUCUUUCAUACCUUGUCCUCCCGCAGACCCAAGGCGCCCGCAUCCUCUUCCAGGAAUACGUCGACCCAUUCUUUGAGCAACAUGAGCGCGAAAUCGAGGAACUUAUCGGACGCACCCAUGAGCGUGCCAAAGCACUAGGACUCCAGUAUUUCUACCAGCUCAUCGACAUUAUCCGCGAAAAGGUUCUGGGUAUGCCAUCUCAACAGCAGCAGCAGCAAAUGGCCCCUCCUCCAUCUGCCGGUGCUGCCGGGUACGCACAAGCACUACUCUCACGGUUCAAUCUCCCAUCAGCCAACGCAAUACCAGGUGCUGCAGCUGCUACCGGAGCAGAUUGGUUUUCAAUGGUGACCUCCGCCCUCGGCACAGUAACCUCUUCCUCAUCGACCCACCCUCAAUCUCGCGAGGCACAAAUCGAACAGCUCUCCGCAAGCGGCGCAUUCAAUACUGAUCAGUACAAACAUCUUUCGCGCUCCCAAAAGGCGAGUUUGUACUCCUCGCAACGUGAGAGAUUGGAAGUUCUCGCCGCUGCUUUACACAAAGAAGAGACUAAAUUACACAAUACGACUCCUGGUAGUAGUGAUGACGACGACGACCUUGCUUAUGGGCAUGGUCCGGCUGGAUUGCGCAAGAACGCGAGCGAGCAUUCAUUCGAUCAGAUUGACGCUGAUGAGCUGAGUGGCUCGCGAUUCACUGCGGGCAAUGAAGGGAGCGGUGGUGGUGGUUGGGCGAGUGGCUGGKUUGGUGGKAGUAGUGCUCCAGCUACACAGAAAAGACCGUCUUCAGGCACGAAAAGGAAUGUAUCUGAUUCAGUGGAUUUCGCGGCCAGAGCGGUAGAUGAGAUUGGUCGUGCGUCGGGCUUUUCUAGAUGA